UAUUGGUCUGACUGGGAAGGCCUGGAAUUGGGCUUUCCGUACUAGCAAAGAUGGCGGCGGCCGCGGCUAGUCGGGCGGCCGGAGCGAAGCAAGUCCUUCGUGAGAUUCGCAUCCACUUGUGCCAGCGCUCGCCGGGCAGCCAAGGGGUCAGGGAUUUCAUCGAGAAACGCUAUGUGGAUCUGAAGAAAGCGCACCCCGACCUGCCCAUUCUAAUCCGCGAGUGCUCCGACGUGCAGCCCAAGCUCUGGGCGCGCUAUGCAUUUGGCCAAGAGAAGAAUGUCUCUCUGAAUAAUUUCAAUGUUGAUCAGGUAACCAAAGCCCUGGAGAAUGUACUAAGUGUCAAAGCCUGAAGUCUCGCCACUGUGAAUUAUGAGCAAGAGUACCUGGGCUCUGCUGGAUUAAGAACAAUGUGGUAAAAUGUGUUCUCUUACUCCUUAUAAAGCUUAGGCUG